CUCUCCCUCUCAUUCAGGCUGAGCCGUGGACGCAAGCAGCAGCAGUCUGUGAGAGAGUGUGUGUGAGAGAGAGUGUGUGUGUGCCAAGCCGGAGCGCAGCUCUGCCGGAUCCCUAACUGAAACUCUACCUCUCCCGAAAAAACUCACCGGUCCCAGAACGCAUCCCAGAGGAGUACACCUUUACCCCCUUGACUGGUGAAACGGCCCCCCCACAUGGAGCCAUGUGAACCCCCAUCUCCUGCUCCGCUUGGGAUCUGAUUUCGGAUUGCCUCUUUGGGGAGAAGCUCCAAGCGCUGGAUCUUUUGAAGUAAAGAGAGACUCUGAAGAUCCAGGCUAUCCCAAAGGGAGGCACUUUGCUCUGGGCACUGUGGGCUACAAGCCCCCUUGGGCUGGAGGCCAGCGCUCCAGCACCAUGGAUUACCUUGUUGGGAUUUUUCUGCUGUUGUGUGGGGUGGCGUUACCUGGAAGAGUUGCACCCCAACACACCAAAGAGAACGUGCCCAGACUCAAGCUCACUUACAAUGAAAUGCUGGAAUCCAGUAAUCUAGUGACUUUCACUGGUUUGGCAAACAGUUCAGGUUACGACACGUUCCUGAUGGAUGAGGAGAGAGGGAGAUUACUGGUUGGAGCGGAGGAUCACGUCUUCUCUUUUGACCUGGUCAACAUCAAUAGAGACGUCAAACAGAUCGCCUGGCCCGCCACACCUUCCAAACGCGAUGAAUGCAAGUGGGCUGGAAAAGACCUCAGGAAAGACUGCUCAAACUUUGUGCGUGUGCUGCAGUCAUAUAACCAAACGCAUAUUUAUAUAUGUGGCACCGGAGCCUUCCAUCCUAUCUGUUCUUUCCUGGAGAUGGGCAAGCGAGCAGAGGACAACAUCUUCAGACUGGAUGCCAACUACUUUGAGAAUGGACGUGGGAAAAGUCCCUAUGAUCCAAAGAUGCAGUCCUCAUCCCUCCUACUUGAUGGAGAGCUGUACUCGGGGACAUCAGCAGACUUCAUGGGACGAGACUUUGCCAUUUUCCGAACACUUGGGUCACAUCAUCCAAUCAGGACAGAGCAGCAUGAUUCCAGAUGGCUGAAUGAACCCAGGUUUCUAGGAAUACACCUGAUCCCGGAGAGCGAUAAUCCUGAAGAUGACAAGAUCUUCCUGUUCUUCAAAGAAAAUGCUAUGGAUGGUGAACACACAGGGAAAGCGACGAUCUCCAGGAUAGGACAACUGUGUAAGAAUGACAUGGGUGGACACAGGAGUCUCGUGAAUAAGUGGACAACCUUCUUGAAAGCCAAGCUGACCUGCUCUGUGCCUGGUCUUAAUGGCAUAGACACACAUUUUGAUGAGCUGCAGGACGUGUUUCUGAUGAGCGCUAAAGACCCAAAGAAUCCAGUCCAUCUAUGCUGUUUGUUUACUACGUCCAGUAAUAUCUUCCGCGGAUCAGCUAUAUGCAUGUAUAGUAUGGCAGACAUCCGAAGGGUCUUUCUGGGUCCAUAUGCCCACAGGGAUGGGCCAAACUACCAGUGGGUUCCAUUCCAGGGCAGAGUGCCAUAUCCCCGUCCUGGCACAUGUCCAAGCAAAACCUUUGGAGGCUUCGACUCCACCAAAGAUCUCCCUGAUGAUGUCAUCACAUUUGCACGCCUGCAUCCAGCCAUGUAUAACCCUGUGCAGCCAAUGGGUGGGAAACCAUUGUGUGGGCGCACUAACGUGGAGUACCAGUUCCACUCAGCUGGUGUAGAUCGUGUGGAAGCAGAGGACGGGCAGUACGACGUCAUGUUCAUCGGCACAGAUUUAGGGACCGUUCUGAAGGUGGUGACUAUUCCCAGGGAGAGCUGGCAUGAUCUGGAGGAAGUGGUGCUGGAAGAGAUGACUGUGUUUAGGGAGCCAACACCUAUUACUGCCAUGGAGCUCUCCACUAAACAACAACAGCUGUACCUCGGAUCAGAUUUAGGGAUUUCCCAGAUGCCCCUGCACCGCUGUGAGGUCUACGGGAAGGCCUGUGCCGAGUGCUGCCUGGCAAGAGAUCCGUAUUGUGCCUGGGAUGGGACUGAAUGCUCUCGAUAUUUUCCAACUGCUAAAAGGAGAACGAGACGCCAGGACAUUAGGAAUGGAGAUCCUCUUUCACAGUGCUCUGAUCUGCACCACAAUGAUGAUCUGGAAGGCUACAGCAGUGUGGAGGAGAGAAGUGUGUAUGGCGUCGAGAACAGCAGUAUGUUUCUGGAGUGCAGCCCAAAGUCUCAAAGAGCUCUCAUCUACUGGCAGCUACAGAAACCCAAUGACGAACGCAAGCAUGAGAUUGUGAUCGAUGAAAGAUUGAGUCUUACAGGCCAGGGUUUGCUGAUCCGAAGUCUAACCCAGGCUGAUUCAGGAGUGUUUCUCUGCCACGCCGUCGAGCACGGCUUCAUCCAGCCUCUUCGGCGCAUUAAUCUCCAGGUCAUCCCAUCUCAGCGCGUGGGGGAACUUUUGCUCCGGGCCGGCACCAACGAUAAAGAUCCCGCCCCAAAACACAAACUCUGGUACCGGGAUUUCAUGAGCCUCCUGGAGCACCCAGACCUCAAUAGCGUGGACGAGUUCUGCGAGCGCAUUUGGAAGCGAGAGAAGAAGCCGAAGGGGAAAAAAGCCCCCAAAGUAAACCCUGGAACCGGAGUAGGCAUAAAAAAUGAGAAAACUCCUCAAACUACAGCUCAGAGCUUGCAAAACCCAACACAGAGAGCAAACGCUCCCAAAGUGCCAAACAACCCGAGCGUUCAGAUUUUUCCCAAAUCCACCGGAUUGCAAAGAAGUCAAAGCCCUGCAGGUACGGUAAGCACUGAGAGCCAAAGCACCAAACCGGACACACAAAAGGCUUCGGAGAGCCAAAGAGCACAGCCGAACCAAGCGAAAAAAGGCCCCCAGACUCCUCAGAGAGGACCUCCUCAUACUGCCAAGUGGAAACAGCUUCAGGAGAACAAGAGAGGACGCAACCGCAGGACCCACGAACAGCAAAGACCACCACGCAGCGUGUGAGACGAAUACACACUUGUACUAAACAUCUGCAUCAGUCACUCAUACAACAGACAAACGUGCAGUGCGGCCAUUAUCGAUAGCACAAAACUCAACAAAAACAAAACAAAAUGGUGGAAUCCUACUCAUGUCACCUGUUCACCAGGGAAAGCACAUUCACUUUGUUGUUGUGAUGUGACAGCAAAGACCUUUUACACUAUUAGUGUUACAGAUCCGACGCCAUACAAGUGAUGUUUUUCAUGCAUUCAUGAGGAAGUGCCAAUGCUUUUUGGUGGCAAAGGAUUGUCGAAAUGACAAAAUACAGUUCAUGAUUGUGGAGAGAAAAGGAAAAAAGAAUAAGAGUGAAUUUGGCACCUGGAAAACUGGAAGUCAGUCACUCGGAUUUGUAAAGACUGUAAUAUACCGUAUGAGCAAGCAUUGUACUGUAUAUAGAACAACACUACAAGUAAUUAUGGACACAAGUGGUCAAAGGUGAAAAUAAGGCAUGCCUUAGUAACAGCUUGUCUAACCUCUGGUCCUCAAAAGCGUUUCGGUGUUCGUGUAAUUAUGUUUCAGAUAAUCAAGUGGGCCUGACUGACUUUACAAACAAAAAACAGGUCGAUAACUGUGGUGACCAUUUCUGCCCAAAUUUCGGUUUCAAACACAACUUGCAUGAGUUGAAUGAAUAAGCUCUUCCAAGCCAGUCGCGUAGUCGAACUAACAGCCAUCUAGUUGAUUGUUCUUAAUGUUGGUUGCGUAAAAAGAAGGUCUUUUAAAAGAUAUUUCCAUAAUGUCUGUAGUGUACUUCUAAAUUAUUAUUACUCAUCUUACAUACGUUCGCGUCAUUAAUUUGCUAAAUCAGUCUAUGUUAGGCUGAAUGCUGAGUGACCCUAGUAUAUAUGUACAUAUAUAUAUACAGAGGAACACCACUUGAUUAUUUAUUGCUGAUUAAUAUUGUUUAUUGUUCAAAGGGUUGCAUUUAUUUUUGAUAUUAUUUUUUCUAUUCGAGCUGUAAGUGCGGCUGAUGGGCCGCAGCACCCAUAGACGGACCAAUUCUUUGUUCUUAGGCUUCAAAUCCUUAUGUGUUUUGCAGAACUCUCGGUUCUCUUGCAUAUUUUCUUGAUUUUGUUCUUUGUUUUUGGUCUCUUAAGCUUAUCUAUUAGGUCUUUCUUCAUUUAACUUCAUUCGUUGUGCAAAACUAACGAGAAAUAAUGAAUCAUCUCCGACGAUUAGCUGUGAAUCUCCCUAAAAAAAUGUGUGGAUAGGUCUGAUUAGAUGCCGUGGAGAGCACACUGCAUGUGAAUUCUGCCUUUAUUUUUGAUUGUCAGUGUGUCGUGCGAGAGGUCAUUUCUGUGCCAUGCGAGAUGUGUAUAUUUUUGCCAUUUGCAAAGAUCACACCAUCUAAACACACCCUGUCCCUUUUUAUGUAUUAUAUGUCUAUAGUGCCCCCCCCCUCACACACUCACACUUAAAUUGGCCCCCCUUAAACACUUUCCUGCAAAAUUGUCAUUGCAAUGCAAUACAGAGGUUUAUCCAGCAGAUGGCCCUCCUGUCCACUUUCUCCCCCAGGUGGAGUUGAUUUGGAGCUGGCUGGUGUAAGGAGGAGAAGGGAGCUGUCAGUUAUGUAAAAUUGGUGUUUCUGGCAUGCAUUUGGUUGUCUAAAUAAAUAUUUCCUCUAUAA